AUGCCAUUAAUAUCUGUCUCUAAUGAUUUCUUUUUCGAUGAUAUUGAAUUAAAAUCAGCAUCAUUAGUAUUGGUCAUUGAUGAAGAAAACAAUGAGUUAGAUGUAAAAGAAUUUUUACGAAAAAUUAGAAAUAUAUUAAAUAUUCAAGAUAUUGUUAUUGAAAAAAUGCAGAGAGGCUCUAUUAAAGUGGUCUUUGAGAUUUUCAGAAAUGUUACUUCUGCAAUCAAAAAAAUUCAAAUUAAAGCUUUAUAUAACUCAUUAACCGAUAAACUGCGACAAGAAUUAGCUCAGUUAAAAAUCUUAUUCAUGUUUAUGGGUGACAUUAAAAUGCUAUGUGAAAAGCAGAAAUUUCGUUAUGAUAUCAUCCUGUACCCACGAUGGAAUCAUUUGUAUCAUAGUGAACACACAUUUUGGAUUGGUGGUACUCCAGAUAAGUUAGAUCGUGGUAAUAAACCAUACUACUGUCCUGUUGGAUGGAAAAGAUACUCUUUUUAUGUUACUGAUAAUUUCUACCAAAAGUUCCAAGGAUGGUGCAUAUGUUAUCAUGGUACCAAAUUUUCACAUGGUCUCUCAAUUUUAUUGAGUGGAUUGCUGCCAGCUAAAGCGGUAAAUCAUGGCGAAGGAAUAUAUGUAACUCCAUCCAUUAUUUAUGCAGCUCAUCCAAGAUAUUCUGAAAUCAAAGAAAUCGAAUCAUCAUACGAAAGACAGCUUUUUAAAAAUGGAAAUUAUAUUCAAUUCGUAUUACAAUGCCGUGUUCAUCCGGAAGAUAUCAAAAGGAUAGACAAGGAAACUUUAAAUACUUCCAGUUCUACUAUUGAUUCUAACAUAAGCAAGGACAUUAUUGAAUGGGUUAUCAAUACAAAAGGCAAGCCUAUAAUGGAUUUUAAUGAUCCAAAUGCUACAAUUAUUUGUACAGGUUUAAUGGUACGUAUUACAGACAAACAUCCUGGUUUAUUACCUGAAUCACAAUGGUGGUUUGAAUCACAUUUAUGCACAGAAAAAGAAAAUCAACAUUGUUUCUUAGGUAUCGAUCUUGAUGAUUUGAAGAGAAAAAAAUUGAAUGGAGAAAUGUGCACUAUUAUUAAUAACUAGAUGAUAAAAUUCAGUUCUUCUCAUGUCAAAUGAAACUAAAAAGAAUCCAAUAAGAACGCAUUUUAAGUUUGUAAUAAUCAAUAAAAACGUCGAUUAUUGUGCAUUUCGUAAAACACGAUCAUAAAUAAAUGUUGAAGUAAAUUACUUAGAUAGUGAGCAGUUCGACUCUUCUCAACAAUCUGUGGCAAACUCGUCAGGAAAAGCUUUAACCGAAUGACAGACAUGUGAGUCUUGUCUUCGAUAGGUUCAAUGUCCACUCGUACUAAGUGCUGAACGAGUCGAUAUUCAGGGAUCAGUAGGGCAUGACUUAUACAAUGUUCGCCAUUGAUUUUUGAUACGUUUUCGUUUUUUUCUUUCUCUUGUCAUCGACUUUUGCCUUUAACUGAUUUAUUCAAUCGAUGACGACGUAAUCAGUCUUUGCUACUUUCACGUACAUCAACCGAAUCAGUAAGCUGCUGUGUUGAUACUUAUUUUCUCGAUGUAUGGAGACACUUGUCGAAUGACAUAUUGUCAUUUUGUGGAACUCACGUAUGUUUUCGAAGAAAAUAGUGAGUGUAAGUUUCAAGUUCGAGGUUGGCGGCUCCCCCGCUCCCC